AUGAUAUCGAGGUAUGUGGUUGCUGAAGCCUCGUAAGCCCCGCGCUCACGACACUUGGGAAACUGACAAACUUUUCUAUCAGGAACGGUUGCGAAGCCAUGCUCAGGCCUUCGACGGCCUUCUGUCUUUGAUUCCUGCGAAGUAUUAUUAUGGUGAAGAUGGCAGCGACCAAUGGAAGCGAAAGAAGCAGACCAAGGAGCAAGCCCGCGAAGCCAAACGUGCGAAAUUGGACCCCGAUUCUGCCAAAACGGCCAAGGACGUGAUGGACGAAAAUGCUCGGAAGCGUAAGCGUGACGAGGAGGUGCAGAAUGGGUCCGAGUCAUCCGAGGAAGAAGAGCUGGGCUCUGAACUUCCCAAGGAAGGCCUGAAGAGAGGCGAUGUCAAAUCGAAAAAGCAGAAGCAGGCCGCCACAGAGCAAUCGGAUGAUACGGCAGCCAAGUUGGAGGAAGCCGAAGCGCGCAAGAAGUUAAGAGAGGAGAAGAAAGCACAGAAGAAAGCCGCUCAGAAAGAGAAGAAGAAGGCCAAGGAAACUUCCAAAAAAGACAAAAAAAUUGAAAAGUCCGGGUCGAAACCCGCGAGCGAUAAGGGAGAAGAGCAGACGCCCUCCAAGGUAGAAGACAGCGAUGAUGAGGUUGAGCAAGAAGGAGCUCUCUUCCAUAUCUUCCAUCGCCCCCCUACUGCUUCCACUGAAACCAACGACGCCUCCCAAAAAUCAUCAUCUGAACCCAAGCCUCUCAAGCCGACCCCAGAAGAAUUAAAACAGCGCUUACAGAAGCGCUUGGACGAGCUGCGUGCCGCCCGGCAGGCCGACGGAUUCGAUGGCAAGCCCGCCCGGAACCGUCAGGAACUGAUCGAGGCUCGCCGGCAAAGAGCCGAGCAGCGCAAGGCACACAAGAAACUGCUGCGACAGAAGGCCAAGGAAGAAGAGCAGCGCGCCAAAGACGAGGCUAUGGCCAAGCGCUUCUCCCCGCAGGCCGAUCCCAGUCUGAUGAACGUCCGCGAACAGCCAAAGCGCCAUGGACCCCAGGACCCCGCUACGGCACUCAAGGCCGCAGAGGCAAAGAAGGCCCGCCUGGCCGAGAUGGGCGAAGAGAAGCGUGCGGAUAUCGAACAGAAGGACAUGUGGCUGAAUGCCAAGAAGCGGGCGCACGGUGAAAAGGUCCGGGAUGACACCUCGCUUCUCAAGAAGGCGCUGAAGCGCAAGGAGUCCGCGAAGAAGAAGUCCGAGCGGGAAUGGAAGGAGCGUCUCGAGACCGUCAAGAAGGGCAAGGACGCGCGUCAGCAGAAGCGCGAGGAGAACCUCCGCAAGCGACGCGAGGAGAAGGGCAACAAGGGCAAGAAACCUGCCGCAGGCAAGAAGAAGGCCAGACCUGGAUUUGAGGGAAGCUUCAAAGCCAAGGUGGGUGGAAAGAAAUGA